GCAAGAAAAGACAUUGUUUGGAACUCAAUGCAAAACUCGGGGUGUCUGUGCAACAUUUAGCAAGAAAAAUAUGAAGGACACGAAACAAAACCGACAUAUCAUGAUCAUCAAUCUCAGAAGGGGGCAGUAAGGAAGGAAUCACAUGGCAACACUGCUGGCCGACAUUGCGAAAUUGUGUGCGUAACAUGAACCUGGACGAACUGUGCCGUUCCUGUACCCCCGCCUACGCGAGCUCCACACCGACCCCAAGGGCCCCAUGGAGUCCGACUGCAAGACGGAGCGCGCCCGGCCUCCCCUGUCCCCGCUGCCCAACGCGCUGCGCUGCUGCCCCAGGGACGACACCGUCUGCACGUACUGCGGGGUGUCGUACUUGGUGCUGCACGAGAUUGCCGACCUCGAGGCCAAAAUACUUUUACUUGAAAAGAACCAGGAUGGCGAAGUGGAGUGGGCGCGCGGCGCGCUGCAGGCCGCCUGUCAGGCCCUGGUGGAGAGGGAGCUCAGCAGCGCCCGGGCCAGCGCGGAGAGCCGCAUCCAGGCCCUGGCCGAGGUGUACGACCAGGAGCGCGCCGAGACGCGCGACCAGCAGCGUCAAAGCGUGGGGCUGCAAGAGGAGGCGGAGCGGUGCCGGCGCGAGGCUGAGCACGCGCGGCGCGAGGCGGACCAGCUGACGGCGUCCUUGCAGGAGGCGCGGACGCAGGCCGAGGCGCUGCGGACGCAGGUCGGCGAGGAGGCGGUGCGCACGGCGCGCGGCCGCGAUAAGCUGCGAAUGCUCACCGGCCAGGCGGAGCUGUGGCGCGGCGUGGCGCGCUCCCUGGAGGAGGAGAAGGUGGUCCAGGAGAAGAUGCUGUCCGAGCUGAAGGAGCAGCUGCGCCAGCUCCGCGUGGCCAAGGCGGUGGAGCCGUCGCCGCAGCGGGACGAGGAGGAGAAGCGGCGGGUGGCGACGGAGUGCGUGUCGCUGCGCGGGGCGCUGCGGGACAGCCAGGAGGAGAUCGCCUCCCUUCGCGGCCAGAGGCUGGCUCUGCAGGUAGGGACACUGCAAAGCACUGCACACUCCUCAUUGGUUCCGUGA